GUCCUGGGAUUACAGGUGUGAGCCACCGUGCCUGGCCUAAGCCUCUCAUAAGGCCGUGCGCCCUCUCAGAGGCCACCCUUGCAGAAGAUUCCCUGAGACUUAAAGACCUGGGGCACCCCGGACUUUCCUAAUCGUAGCUCCACCCACUCGAGGCGGGUGCCUUUGCGUUUCCCGUUUUUAAAUGAGAUAGUGGCACACCCGGUGGCAUCCUCCCGCCCGGGCUCUUAUCGGCGGUCCCAGCCCUGCUUGAGCGCCUCCGGGUGUCACGGGCCUCUGCAAACACCAAAGCUCUCGAACCCCGAUGUGGACCCCGGUGCGGCGCGGGGCAGCCUGGCUGGGAACCCUGCUCAGCCCGGGAGAGGGUCCCCAUGAGCCGAGGGGCGGAGCGGCGCAUGCCCACAAGCCAGCCGCGGGAAGUAGGAAAUCGACCCGCCAGGCGGUGCGCUUCGGACCCCGCCAGGGCAUGUGCUCCGAGGCCCUCCUGGCUCGCAGGUUGCGAGCGGCGCUGCGGGAGGAGGAGCCGUGGGCGGUAGAGGAGCUGCUGCGCUGCGGCGCGGACCCUAAUUUGGUGCUGGAGGAUGGCGCAGCUGCUGUGCACUUGGCUGCCGGAGCCCGGCACCCGCGCGGCCUGCGUUGCCUCGGGGCCCUACUGCGCCAAGGCGGGGACCCCAACGCUCGAUCUGUCGAGGCAUUGACGCCGCUGCAUGUGGCCGCUGCCUGGGGCUGCCGCCGCGGGCUGGAGCUGCUGCUGAGCCAAGGAGCAAACCCGGCGCUGCGCGACCAGGACGGACUCCGGCCGCUGGACCUGGCCCUGCAGCAGGGGCACCUGGAGUGUGCGCGAGUCCUGCAAGAUCUCGACACGCGGACCAGGACCCGGACCUGGAUCGGGGCAGAGACCCAGGAGCCCGAGGCUGCACCUGGCACUCCAGGCCUCUCUGGAUCUCCUGAUGAGAUGCUGGACUCCAUAGCACUCCAAACGCAGCCAUGCAGAGGUGACAACAGGGACAUGGACUUGGAGGCUGACCCAGGACCCCCCAGCCUCCCUGUUCCCCUUGAAAUUGCGGACAAAGAUGGGAGCUCAGCGUCCCCUCCAGGGCACUGGGAUUACAGCUCAGAUGCCUCUUUCAUCACAGCAGUUGAGGUCUCUGGAGCGGAGGACCCAGCCUCGGACACUCCCCCCUGGGCUGGGUCAUUGCCACCGACCAGGCAGGGACUUCUGCAUGUUGUCCAUGCCACCCAGAGGGUACCUAGGUCUCAGGGCACGGAGGCAGAACUGAAUGCCCGUCUGCAGGCCCUGACUCUGACCCCACCAAAUGCUGCUGGCUUCCAGUCCUCCCGUUCCUCCAUGCCUCUCCUAGACAGGAGUCCAGCUCAUAGCCCCCCCCCGACACGAGCCCCUGGAGCUUCUGACUGCCACGGCCUGUGGGAGCACCAGACAUCCAUUGAUAGUGACAUGGCCACGCUCUGGCUGACAGAGGAUGAGGCAAGCUCUACAGGUGGCAGGGACCCUGUCGGCUGUUGCCAGCACCCGCCAGUCUCCAUUGUGUCUGACUUGGAGUUGCUGCAGGGGCUGCGAGCGCUUGGUGAGAAUCCUGGCCCUGUCACACCCUUCACCCGGCGAUUCUACCUCCAGCGGCUGAAAGAAGCCCAGAUUGCCCCUGAGUUUUCAGGGCACAGCCUAGAACUGGCUGCAGCCCUGCGGACAGGCUGUAUUCCAGAUGUCCAGGCAGAUGAAGACGCGCUGGCCCAGCAGUUUGAGCAGCCAGAUCCCGCCAGGAGGUGGCGGGAGGGGGUCGUAAAGUCUAGCUUCACAUAUUUGCUGCUGGACCCCAGGGAGACUCAGGACCUGCCAGCCCGAGCCUUCUCACUGACCCCAGCUGAGCGCCUUCAGACUUUCGUCCGUGCCAUCUUCUACGUGGGCAAAGGGACGAGGGCCCGGCCAUAUGUCCACCUCUGGGAAGCCCUUGGUCACCAUGGGCGGUCAAGAAAACAGGCCUGCCCCAAAGUGCGUCAGAUCUUGGACAUCUGGGCCAGUGGUUGCGGCGUUGUGUCCCUACAUUGCUUCCAGCAUGUGGUCGCUGUGGAGGCUUAUACACGGGAGGCGUGUAUUGUGGAAGCCCUAGGGAUCCAGACGCUCACCAACCAGAAACAAGGGCACUGCUAUGGAGUGGUGGCAGGCUGGCCACCUGCUCGUCGCCGGCGCUUGGGGGUGCACCUGCUGCACCGCGCCCUCCUCGUCUUCCUGGCUGAAGGCGAGCGACAGCUUCGUCCCCAGGACAUUCAGGCCCGGGGCUGAGUGCUGGGGAGUUGGCCAUCCAGCCUGGGAAGAAAUGUUUGAAUGUUCCAGCUGCCCUGUGCUGACAGCAGCCCCCAUCUCUGGUUUCAGAAGUGGGGUGUGUGUGUGUAGGGAGCACCAGGGCAGAUCUCCUCCAGUCUGAGAGAGGACUUUGUUACAGAUGGUACUCCUGGAGGGGUAGUAAGUAGUGAGCUCCCCAUCAUGGGAGGAGGACAAGUAGGGAAGCAGAAGGUGCUUUGGAACAGUCCAGUGCUUCUGUCAGAGGCGUUUGAACCUGGGCAACUCCACCUUGAAUAGGAGCUGGGUAAAAUGGGGCUGAAACCUACUGGGCUGCAUUCCCAGACGGUUAAAGCAUUCUAAGUCACAGGAUGAGGUAGGAGGUCAGCACAAGAUAAUGGGUCAUAAAGACCUUGCUGAUAAAACAGGUUGCAGUAAAGAAGCCGGCCAAAAUCCACCAAUACCAAGAUGGCGACAAGAGUGACCUCUGGUCGUCCUCAUUGCUACACUCCCACCAGCGCCAUGACAGUUUACAAAUGCCAUGGC